CUCAACGACUGACCAAAUUCCUUUAAUCGUGCAAUGAUGUCACAACAAACAGUCGCCCCGAAAAAAAAACAACAAAAUUCCACUUAAAUUGAUUUUAAUUGAAUUCGCUGCUGCUGUUCACAGUUUCAGAAAAUCCGGUUAGUCGAUCGUCCAAAAAUGUCCCCCCCGUCAUCGCAACUGGAAAGCUGCUUCACCUGUCUGCGCCGCACCGACAACUUCCUGUGCAUCACGGAGCGGGACGAGGCCAGUGGCGAAGCCGUCGAGGCAAUUUUCGCCAAACACUUUUGGUUUACCAAAUGCGACUACCAAGAUCGAACCGUUUGCACCAGCUGCUGGGAGAAGAUUGACGAGUUUCACAAGUUUUACUGCGAGGUGGAACGGGUGCACGCGACGGAAGUGCUCGCUGAGAUCAAAACGGAAGAGGAGGAAGAUGACGAGGAGAAUGCGUUGAUGGUUGUGGAGUCGUCGGGGGAUCAGGGCGAACCGGUUUGUAAGGUCGAGCUUAAGCAGGAAGUAGCUGGAAAUCCAACUGAGCAGGUAGAGGGCCGUUCGGAAGAUGGAGGAGACAAUGCCCAGGCGAGUUCGCCGGAGGAGAAUUCCGACGAGUCUGAUUGGGAUGUACCGCUGGCUCGGCGUGUGGCGAAAGUGAAGCAGAGGCGGAAACGGGCUUUGAAGAAGCGAGUUCAACGUGCCCGGUCGCGCAAGGAAAAGGCUGACAACGAUGAGUUGAACGUCCUUAUAAGGCAGCACAUGGAUAUUACGUGCCACAAGUGUACGGAAGCCGGGACGGACAAUGGGGAAACAUUUGAUUCUUUCUAUCAGUUGAGGUUGCACUUUAAAAAUCAGCACGACAACUCGUACGGUUACAUUGUUUGUUGUAACCGAAAGUGGGUUUCGAAGCCCGGUUUGGCGGAACACUUGCAGAAUCACGAACCAAGCAAGACAGACCACAGCCGAUGCGUGGAGUGCAAUUGCAUCUUCAAGGACAAGAGUAGCUACGCGAAUCACAUGUUUCUAAUGCACACGCCCGAGGAGCAGAAACAGUUCAAGUGCGAUCGCUGUGCGAAGGCGUUCGCGGCGGAAGAUCUGUUGAACAGUCAUCUCAAGUGGCACGACGAGGUUGAGAAGAAGAAUCAUUACUGUGAAAAGUGCAACAAGUAUUUCUUGAGCGCACGAAAUCUGGAGAAUCACAUUUUUUCCCAUCACAACGUUGGCGAGAGUUCGACCUCGAUUCAACAACCCGCGGAAGCAUUCGUCGAACAAUCGACGGAAGAACCCGCACCGACUGGAACCGUCAAGGGCAAACGAACCGCCGAGGAUGUCGCCAAAGAGGACGACCUGAUUCGGCAAUUCAUCUCGCUAAACUGUUCCAAGUGUGACUUUGUGGGGGAAACGUUCAACAAGCUGUCCUACCAUGCCCUCAAGGCGCACAACAUGAACACCCAUGCGGUCAUUUGCUGCGACCGCCGUUUCGGCAAACGGCAACGGCUGUACGAGCACUGUCUGCGGCACCUCAAUCCGGACCACUUCAAGUGUGAACUGUGCGGUAAAACGUACGCCGACAGUUCCGGGCUGCAGAUUCACAAGUGGUGGAUCCACACCCCGGUCUCGGAGCGGCCCUUCAAGUGCGAUAUCUGCGGAGCCGCUUUCGUCAAGGAUUACCUCCUAAAGCAGCACACAAACUGGCACGUGAACAAGGAACGCAAGAAGUACUACUGCGAGUUGUGCAACAAGGCGUACUCGAACUCGCUCCAGCUGCGCGCGCAUCACCAAAAGAAGCAUGGCGCCGUGUGCGACUGGGUGUGCGAUGUAUGCGCGAAAGGAUUCAUCCAUCGGGCACUGCUCGAAGAACACCGACUCACCCACACCGAAGAAGGACUCGCGAGUCUUAAGAUCCAGUGCGAAAAGUGUCAACGCUGGCUGAUUAACAAGAAGAGCUAUUUGAGGCAUCGUAGGCGCUGCUACGACACGUCCGGUCCGAUCAAGUGUGACAUUUGCGGAAAAGAGUCAGCGAACGAGGCGGCCCUAGCCGGACACAAGAACUUCCAUCACUCGAAUCGUCCGAUGUUCCGGUGCACGUUCUGCGGCAAGGAGUGCAAGACGCAGCUGCGGUUGAAGGAACACGAAGCUACCCACACCGGAGUGGUGCUCUACCAGUGCCCGUACUGUCCGCGAACGUCCAACUCCAGCUCCAAUAUGUACACGCACAAAAAGACCGCCCAUCCGGAAAAGUGGCAGGAGGAGGCCGACGCGCGGUCCUACACGAGGUAGAAGCAAAAGGUCAGUGAUACUUUUCUACUUCUUCUUUUUUCAAAACGCACGAAUCAAUCGACGUACUCUUUUACACAAAUAUUAGCGCAUUAAAUCUUAUUUCUCUGUUUUGUA